AUGAAACAACUCUCAAAAACAUCAGAAAAUCCUCUUCAGACAUUACACAGAUCAAUAACAUCAGAAGAACUUAAAAAGAGAAGAAGAGCAGAACGAUUUGAUUGUCCAUCAUGUAUAGAAAUGCAAGGAUAUAUUAGUGUAUUAGAAGAAAUUAUUCAAAAGAAAAACACUAUUAUAGCAAAAUUAAUGAAUGAAAAAGAAGUUUAUAAAAUUUUUGAUGAAUUACGUCAAGCAAAUGAUCCAAGUGUUUAUGCAGAAGAUACUAUUGAGACAUUAAUAAGUUUUAUUGAAAAUAGAAAUAUUGAAACAAAAAAUAAUGUAAUGAAAAAAUGGGAAGUAAUGCUUCAAUCAAGAAUUUCUAAUGAAAAUAAAAAAGUUCUAAAAAGUUUUGUAAGAAAUAAAGUUAAAACUAAAUAUCAAUAUAUUGAUAUUGGUGAUGAAACUACUACAGAGUCUGAUGUUCAAGAUGAUUCUACAAUAUUAGAGCCAUUAGAUGGAAUGGAUUAUAAUCGUUGUGAUCAACCAAAACCAAAAAUUAAUGAAAAAUUAUUUGGAUGUUUAGUAGAUGAUUUUACAUCAUCACAAAUACUUUAUUAUCAACAAUUCCAAAUACUUACACAACUCUUUAUCUCUCCUCUAAGAAAUUUACAAAUGGCAAAAGAGUCAAUUAAAUUAUUAGAUAACUUAAUUCCUCCAAUGAUGAUGGUUGAAAGAAAGGUUUCUCGUUGUUUACAACUAAAAGAUGAAACAAUGUGGCAAACAAUAAAAGAAUGUAUUAGUGAAAUGAAAGUGUAUAUUCCUUAUAUUUCAACAUUAAAAACAACAACAAUAAAAGCAGAUAUUGUUGAAUGUUGUAUGUCAAAAGAGUUUAAAAAAGAACAACAACCUUUAAUAGCUAAUUUCUUUAAUAAAAAUGGAUCACAACAAUUAUUACCUGUUACUGUUUAUUUGGAAGCUCCUGUUCAAAGGUUUUUUAAAUAUCCAAAAAUUUUUGGUAAUUUAUUAGCUUCUGUUGAUCCAAAACGUCAUGACUAUGCCAUUAUAACUUCUUGUUAUUUGAAUAUAAAUAAAAUGGUUAAAAAAAUGGGAGAUUACCAGACAAACCAAGAAGAACAAAAGAAAGUUAUUGAACUUAGUCAUUUAUUUAAACAAACUCAAACUCAAAUUCUUAAAGAUGGAAGAAAAUUAUUAUAUUAUGGUCCUCUUAAAAUUAUAGAAGAAAAAAAUGAAUGGAAUAUGUGUUUUUUGUUUAAUGAUUUAUUUGUUGUUUCUAAAGCAAUUGUUAUUGGAGCUCUCGGAUUAGAAAAGGAAUCAUUAAUGAGAUUUGAAAAUGCUCCAAGUGGGACUGAUUUAUCUUCAUUAAUGCCUUAUAAUUUUAACGAAAUAUUGUGUGUUUCCUUAUCACAUUUCUUAUUGAAAAAAGUAGUUGAUUGCAAUACAGCUACAAACGCUUUUAUGAUUCAAGUUAAUGACAUUCAAUUACACUGUUGUUGUGUAUCAGUGAAAGAACGUCAUAACUGGAUUGGUUCAUUGUUAUUAACACAGAAUGGAAGUUAUUAA